AUGCUUUCACGUGUUGCUGCAGUGAAGGCACCCAACGCACACAACCGUCGCCGCGUGACCGGAUCCAGCGGAAGGAGGAGGGAAGGGAGAGAGGGUGAGCACCAGAGGCCCAACAUGUCCCGGCAUUUGUUUACUUCUGCGGUGCUGCUUCUCCUCGUCACGACGAUGUGCUGCGGCAGUGUGGCUGCGGAAGUUCAGGGGCAGCUUUCUGGUUCCCUGUUUAAAUGGACGGGCAUCACUGAUGAUAAGGAACAAGUGGAAUCGUUGGGUGUUCCCGGCCUGUUGAAAGUGGGGAGUGACGUGUUUGCCAUUGCCAAGGCGCGGUGCACGAAGAAGAACGGUGAAGUCGACUUUUUUACUGGGGUUGCGUCCCAACUUCUCACGACAACAACUGCUAACAAGCCGGAGGAAGUGCUGAAUGAAGUGAAGGAUACACAGUUUUUGGAGAAAGUUGGUUCCGCAGAAAAGAAGAAAGUAAAUGUAAGCCGACCAACAACUGUUGUGAAGGAAAAUGAUAUUUACAUGCUUGUUGGAAAAUACAGCCAGACAUCUGCCGGUGGUCUUGAGGAGAGCGGAAAAGAUGACUGUGGGUUCUUGCUGGUGAAAGGGGAAGUCAAUGGUAAUGAGAAAAGUGUUAAAACAAUUCAUUGGAAAAGUUAUAACGAUGUCUCGCGGCCAACUUUUGGCGAACAACACAAAUCCUUGACACGGUUGAUAGGCAGCGGUGGAUCAGGUGUUGAGAUGAAGGACGAUACGCUUGUGUUCCCCGUGGAAGCCGUGAAUAAGGCGGAGGGCGUAGAAAAGGAAGAAAAGACCGUUUCGCUGAUCAUAUACUCCUUGAGUAAUAACAAUUGGAAGCUGUUGAAGGAGAUUUCUGACGAUGGCUGCAGUGAUCCCUCCGUCGUGGAGUGGAGGGACGGAAAACUCAUGAUGAUGACUGCGUGUGAUGAUGGCCGCCGCAGGGUGUACGAGUCCGGUGACAAGGGGGAGUCGUGGACGGAGGCACUCGGGACACUCUCGCGCGUGUGGGGCAACAAAAAGGGUGAAAAGGUUGAACUCGUUGGGAGCGGGUUCACCACAGCGAAGAUUGGCGAUGACAGGGACGUGAUGCUCAUAACUCUGCCGGUGUAUUCAAGUAAGGACGGCAAUGGAAAGGGCGUACUCCAUCUUUGGCUGAUGGACAACACGCACAUUGCUGAUAUUGGGUCGGUAUCCGGGGAAGGGGACGAAGACGCUGCCGCCAGCUCCCUGUUGUACAAAAGUGGUAGUGCUGAAACUACUGAUAAGAAGGAGCAGUUGAUUGCACUGUACGAGAAGAACGGCAAUGAAGAAUCAUCUUACGGUAUGUUCUCUGUGCGUCUGACUGCGCAGCUGCAGCGGGUGAAGGAUGUGCUGAAAACGUGGAAGGAAGUAGACGAGCGUGUGUCGAAGCUGUGCACCUCUUUAAGUGCUUUGGAGGGUACCUCAACUGAAAAUGCCUGCAGCACUGUUGAUAUCACGGAUGGGCUGGUUGGCUUUUUGUCCGGCAACUUUUCUGAGAACACGUGGAGGGACGAGUACCUCGGGGUGAACGCCACUGUGAAGAAAGAGGGGGCGGCAGCGGCCACAGUGACUUCCGAUGGCGUGACGUUCCAGGGAGCGUGGGCGGAGUGGCCUGUUGGCGAGCAGGGGGAGAAUCAGCUGUACCACUUUGCGAACUACAACUUCACUCUUGUGGCAACGGUGUCCAUCCACGGUGUGCCGAAGGAGGGUCCUAUUCCAUUCAUGGGUGUUCGUCUGGACGGUGAAAAAAAACUUAUGGAGUUCUCGUACAACAAAGAAAAGAAGUGGCUAUUACUCUGCGAUGGAAAGCCGAAGACGGAGCACAGCCGCGAUUGGGAGCCGGAGACAAUAUAUCAAGUUGCGAUUGUGCUACAGAACGGCACCCAUGGCUCCGCGUACGUCGAUGGUGAGCGUGUGGGAGAAACGCAAUGUGAAUUAAAAAAUAAUGAUUCGAAAGGGAUCUCAAACUUCUACAUUGGAGGGAGUGGAGGAAGCACAGGGAGCCGAGACGGCGUGUCUGUGACGGUGACGAAUGUCCUGCUGUACAACCGCCCGUUGGAUGACCCUGAGAUAGGCGCCUUCAACCCGAGAAAAGCUUCUAUUCCACCUCCGGUAAACACGCCUACUCAGUUAACAGCGGUUCAGUCUUCUCCUGGUGAAGGACAGGAGGAACAGGGACAGUCGUUGGGGAGAAGUGGUGCGGGCGGUGUAUCCACAUCAACAGAGUACACUGCCAUGACUUCCUCAGGAGAAGAGGGGUCUGUAAACCAAUUGUUGUCAGGAAAAACUUCCGAUGGAGAUCAAAAAGUAAAUGGCGAAAUCUUAUCAGAUGGCGAACAAAGAUCGGGAACAGAAGUUGGAGAUACGGUGCAGGGAGAUGGACCCACGGUGAAUCCUGAGGUGAACGUGGGCUCUGCUGAGGAUGGGAAGACGGCGAGAGGAACGGAUGGGCGGGAGGAGGAGAUCCAUCCACAGAACGGGGAAGUAAAUGCUGCGGCACUCAGCAGCAGUCUCGGAAAUGUGUCGCAGGGGAAUAACAGCGAUGCCGGCACCAUGCGUGGGAGCGGACUGCUGCUGCUGCUUCUUCUGUUGGGACUGUGGGGGUUUGCGGCUCUGUGA